AAAUAUAUGGGACUAUUUUUACAGUUGGAAUAUGUCUGUCUGGGUAGGAAGUCAUGGUGUCCGCUACAGUGCAGAAUUUAGGAACAUCAUCUAUGAAAUUAACCCUGUGUACUUGCCUUGUGUUUACAAAGAGAUGUUUGAAAACAAUGCCACAAACACAAUGAGGGAAAACGAAGAUAUAAAUGAAGACGCGAAAACAUUAAUAAAAGACGGUACGAAUGUCAAGACGACUGAGAAAGAAACUGUACAAAGGAACAGAUGUUCAAGCGCUGUUCUGUAUCAAGAGCCGAGUGAAAACAGUAAACAGGAUGAGUUCAGCGGAUGGAAAACUUGCUCCAGGGAACACUCUGCCACAUCGGUUCAUUGCAAUACAACACAAUUAGAGGAUAGUGUGAAACUUCGGAGCCACUCUGCUUCAGCAAAACUAAAUACAUCGAAGUCUGAUUCUCCGUCACAAACUACACAAAAAACGGGAAAGACAAAACAAAUGAAAGAUCGCUUUAGUUUUACAAGACCUGGCACAAAUGGAGGAACUGGUACCAUAUACCAAGAUAGAAAGGGUACUAUAUACCAAGAUAGAAAGUCAACUGAUCAACAGAAGACCACACAGUCUAAUUACACUACCCCUGGAUAUACAAGUAGACCAACCAGUCCAAUUCAGUAUAAAUUUGUCCAUUUUGAGUUUUCGGAAAACUAUAUAGAACAGUACAGACAAGAAUAUACUAUGGGAAAAAUUGAGGACCUAACGAUGAAGACUACCAGUACAUGUGUUUGUAGGCGACUACCCAGUACCAUAGUACCCAGUGUUCCUAUGAUGCCAAUGUUCUGUACAACAGAGCCGUAUUCUCAAGACAGCAUCAAACUGAGAGUGGCUAGCUCAUAUCACUUGGAUACACAGACAUCAAAAACCAGACAUGAUGCACAAAAAAAGAAACAAACAACACCUAAAUUCACUCAGUUCUCAGAAAGACAAAAGAUACACCAGAAGCAAGUUUGUGAAAACAAAUCACCGCAUUUUCUGCUCGGUCACAAUGGUGUUCUUAAGAUGGAGUAUUAUAACAAUCCUUUGGAUAUAGACAAUACGAGCACAUCUUCAACGAGUAAAUCCUCAGGUUCAUGUCGCAGCAGACCAUCUAUACAUAACAACGCACAUGGACACACUCAUCCAAACUCUGCUAGUUCUCAAUAUCCGCGCGUUUAUCACAAGAAAUGAUUUGUAUUUAAUAUUAUUGUGUAUUUUUCAUGUUUCUUUUAAUUGCAUAAUUCAUGUUUUCACUUUUCAAAAUGUAAAUAGAUUUAUAAAUAGAGUUAACAUCUUCGA